UCAAGUGUGCUCUGUUUAGGAGGGGCCCCAAAGUGUGGAGGCAACGCUGUGCCUGCUGUGGUGCUGCAUACCAAAGCCCAAAUACAUGCCUGAGCUUCAAUUGUGUGGAGCUGCUGCUGGUCGCAUACAGGGUCGCCUGAUCAUCGGGGAGGGAUAUCAGACUGUGUGGUGGUGAACAGGAUCUCUGGAUAUAAACACUACACACACCAGGUGGCCACGUUGCUCUGGUAAACCCCAGGUAAGAUGUCUCAUCGGAGUGGGCAAGAGGACCCGGAGCGGUACCUGUUCGUGGACCGGGCCGUCGUUUACAACCCAGCCACGCAGGCCGACUGGACGGCCAAGAAGCUGGUGUGGGUCCCCUCGGAGCGCCAUGGCUUUGAGGCAGCCGGCAUCCGGGAGGAGCGGGGCGACGAGGUGCAGGUGGAGCUGGCGGAGAACGGCAAGAAGGUGAUGAUCAACAAGGACGACAUCCAGAAGAUGAACCCGCCCAAGUUUAGCAAGGUGGAGGACAUGGCCGAGCUCACCUGCCUGAAUGAAGCGUCUGUGCUGCACAACCUGAAGGACAGAUACUACUCAGGACUCAUAUACACAUACUCGGGCCUGUUCUGCGUGGUCAUCAACCCCUACAAGAACCUGCCCAUUUAUUCAGAGAACAUCAUCGAGAUGUACAGAGGGAAGAAGAGGCACGAGAUGCCGCCACACAUCUACGCCAUCUCUGAAUCUGCGUACCGCUGCAUGCUGCAAGACGAUGAGAAGAAGAAGAAGGUGGCUUUGUCGCAGCGUCUCUCUCAGGCGCUCGCUGUGGUUUUGUGA